CUGAGCGUGGUGCCCGUCACGAGCCCUUCGGGUCAUAUAUUCUGCGCCCGGAGAGAGGCGCCAUCGCCUGAGACAGAUACGUGGGAGGCGCGCUCUUGUGCGGUCAGUGGCGGGCAAGUUUUUUGUGUUUGUGGUCGGCGGUGUGCGGCGGCGGGGGAUUCGACGACGAUGUUUUGACUCGAAGAAUUUGUUUCCAAGCGAUCCCAAAUCGCGUUCGGAGGGUCGGGUGAUAUACCCAAUCGUCUCGUCGUCACUGCCCGAGCCUUGGCCGCCGCAAGCGACCGAAUUCCACGGAAGCGGGCGGCUGUAAUCAGCGGAAGCAGGCGGUGAGGAACGAACCCUAUCUACCUACCUACCUACCGGUAGUUGAUAACCAUGGCAGCACCCAUGACUGGAGAAGAACUUGCCAAAGCCUUCGUUGACCAUUACUACAAAACUUUCGACGCCAAUCGAGCCUUACUCGCCAAUCUGUAUCAAGACCAUUCCAUGCUGACUUUUGAAGGCAAUCAGUUCAGGGGAGCGCAGGCCAUUCAUGAGAAGCUCACGGGUCUGCCUUUCCAGCAGUGCCGGCAUGUAAUAUCGACUGUUGAUUGCCAGCCAUCGGGAAUGCCAGACGGGAUGAUCGUCUUCGUCAGCGGCACCUUGCAGGUCGAAGGAGAGCAGCACGUUCUCAAGUUUAGUCAGAUGUUCCAUCUAUUGAAGGGCCCUACGUCGUUCUACGUGUUUAAUGACAUCUUCCGACUCAAUUAUGCAUAGGUUUGAAUUGCGCAGGCAACGUUUGCCAUAUUUGGGGGUUAUUAUCUGGCGGCUUCAUUCAGCUCUACCUUCUUGUGCGCGCGCGCAAGUCCGUGGCGAGGGCGUGAUUAAUGCUUGUUGGUGUUUUGGCUUACUGGCAUUUUAUACUGUCUAUCCAUGCUUCCGAUCCGAGGGGGUUUGGGUAGACUCGGUUGGGGUUUUGGGGGGGAGGGGGGGUGUCUGAGAUAGAGAGAAAAUUAGGUGAGGGUAUAGAAAGAGUAGGCGGGGGGAUCUUCUUUUGGGUGCAAUCGUGAGAAUGUACGUGCGCAACCUCUAGAUGAGUUUACAGAACGGAAGGCCUUGCUUGCUGCUGGAGGAGGAAAGCACAAGUAGUUGUAAGAUCAGGGCUCACUCACAAGAGGGCUUUUUCUACGAAGCUCUGGACGUCAUUGCGAUCAGAUUCAUCCUGCGCUCGCCGUAAUUACGGUCAGAUGCAUUCCGGGAACUGUUAGUGUGAGUAGGAUGCCCGCACAAUGGUACUUAGGAUGAGUCGUGGUUUUGAUGCAACGACAAUUGUAGACAAUGGGCGUGGGUCAUCUCGCCGUAAUUGCGGUCAGGUGCGCUGUAUGCUCGAUCCGUGUAAGGAUUGGGCGGGCCUUUGUGCGUUUGUGCCUGCUUCUUGUGUUGCUUUCUCUUACCUCUAAGCUGAACUGGCUUCCGGAAUGUAGCAGGGGACGAGGAAUUAUGGAUUUGGACAGUUUUUGUGUGGUGGUUACCUGAGUGAAAAUUCUUUUGGGUGAGAGACUUGACUGGACUCUUCCGGUCACCAUCGAGUAUCCUUUCUCCAUUGUUUCAGAAUUGUUUCAGAAUGAUUUAAAUGUUCGACAACGAACGUUUUUGGAUUAUCAUACUAACGU